AUGUCAAAAAGCGACGAGGAACGAAGCAAAGCAGAAAUCUGCUCCAAUAUCAUCCAGUUCAAACAUGCUAGAAAUGGUUCUAAUUACCCGAAUCACCAACAAGCGCGUGCGGACCCUAGUCAGAAACUGAAAGAGGUCUUUGGUAUCGACAACAUUUUCACCAACAAGACCAACAACACAAAGCAUUUCGUGGAAAAGGUGGAAAAACUGAUGUGGAAGGCCAUGAAAGCGAACAGUUUUAGGGAUGAUGGAGACUGGCGCGACCUGCAACGCUCAAGAAGCCCUGAAAACAAGCAAGACACAUCUAAGAUGACAGAAGCCGAGCUAGGCAGAGCGAAGGCACCUAUAUGGAGCGACCAGAAAGACCUUUAUGCUGCACUACGCCGAGUGACUGUUAGCAAAAAGAUUUUCGACAUGCUAGGUAUGUUCCCUGAAGAUGUACCCGACGACAAGCCUGGAGACACGACAACACUCGAUCCCACGAAGCCAGACUCCGCAACAAUCAAUCGAUUGACAUGA